AUGAAGUUCGCCGCUGCCUCCAUCAUCGCCUUUGCGAUCCUCGCCGCCCUUGCCGUAGCCGACGUUGCCACGGUCAAGAAGGACGUCGCUAACAUCGACAGCCAGGCUGCUUCCCUCGACAAGAAGCUCCAGAGCGAGGAUGGCUCCAACUACUUCUCCGCCCUCGCCAUCAACGGCGCCGCCGGUGACCUGGACAACGCCAUCAAGCAGGGCACGACGGACACCAACGCCAACACCGAGACUGUCUCCGAGUCCGACGCCUCUGACAUCCUCAACACCCUCUCCUCCUCGACGGAGCCUCACGUCGCCUCGAUCUCGAAGCGCCUCGUCGCCAUCCACGACAACCUCAAGAAGAUCGGCGUAGCCGGCAUUGCCAAGGGAACGUUGAACAGCAUCAACACCGACCAGCAGGCCUUCUCCGCUGCUCUGAUCAAGCAGGCGCCCGAGGACAAGAAGGCAGAGGCUCAGACCCUCGCUGACAAGAUUACGGCGGACCUCGCACCCGCUGUCCAGGCUUACGCUUCGGACUAA